UCUCUCCACCCUCCACUGUCGAGUGUCGAAAACAACAAGCAACGACCAACGAAAUUUGUUGGUCCAUUAUCUGUCGCUAAUGGCAGUGGCACCUCCAUUUUCGAUUAAUACAUAGACGACUAGGUAGAUUAGGAAACAUAUUCAAUUCCAUUUAUUUAUAGUAAUAAUUCAAUUCCAAUAUUCCGUGCGGUCACAACUCACAAGCUCUAAUCCCCUCACUACAGGACAAAUUUACCAAUCCCAGCAUCUCCUCCAUCCUACGUAGCCAGAUACCAUACCAUCCUCCUAAUACGGUUCACUCUCCAAUUUAUGUUGUUUCUUUCUUAUACAUAAGCACACCCUCAUAGUUCUUUGUCCCUUUUCCAACGAAGUCGCUUGUUCUUUUUCUUUGUCCGAUUAUGGCUUCGUUGAUUCAUUGUCCGGCAACUUCCCUCUCCGGAACUCGAGGACACUCUGUUAGGUUCUUUGUCCCCAGCAGUAGCCGUUUUACCAAGAUGCACAAGUGUCGGGUUCGUUGCUCUUUGGAUACUAAUGUUUCCGACAUGAGUAUUAACGCGCCAAAAGGGCUGUUUCCUCCAGAACCUGAACAUUAUCGAGGACCAAAGCUGAAAGUGGCUAUUAUUGGAGCUGGGCUUGCGGGCAUGUCAACUGCAGUAGAACUCUUGGAUCAAGGGCACGAGGUUGAUAUAUAUGAGUCGAGGUCUUUUAUUGGUGGCAAAGUUGGUUCUUUUGUUGAUAAACGUGGAAAUCACAUUGAAAUGGGACUGCAUGUUUUCUUUGGUUGCUACAGCAAUCUUUUCCGAUUGAUGAAAAAGGUGGGUGCAAAUAACAAUCUACUUGUGAAGGAUCACACUCACACUUUUGUAAACAAAGGGGGUCAAAUUGGAGAACUAGAUUUUCGCUUCCCGGUUGGGGCACCAUUACACGGGAUAAGGGCCUUCUUGUCCACAAAUCAGCUUAAGACCUAUGAUAAGGCUAGAAAUGCUGUGGCUCUUGCACUGAGUCCAGUUGUCAAAGCUCUUGUUGAUCCAGAUGGUGCAUUGAGGGACAUAAGGAAUUUGGAUAGUAUUAGCUUUUCCGACUGGUUUUUAUCCAAAGGUGGCACACGCAUGAGUAUUCAAAAAUUGUGGGAUCCGGUUGCCUAUGCCCUUGGGUUCAUUGACUGUGAUAAUAUCAGUGCCCGUUGUAUGCUCACCAUAUUUGCAUUGUUUGCCACGAAGACUGAGGCUUCCCUUUUACGAAUGUUGAAGGGUUCACCAGAUGUUUACUUGAGUGGCCCUAUCCGGAAGUACAUCACAGAUAGAGGGGGCAGGUUCCAUCUUAGGUGGGGAUGCAGAGAAAUACUUUACGAUAAAUCUGCUGAUGGAAGCACUUAUGUUAGAGGACUUUCCAUGUCAAAGGCUACCGCCAAGAAAAUUGUGAAAGCUGAUGCUUAUGUUGCUGCUUGUGAUGUCCCUGGAAUUAAAAGAUUACUUCCAUCUGAGUGGAGGGAAGAGGAGUUUUUCAAUAACAUAUAUGAACUAGUUGGAGUUCCUGUGGUCACAGUGCAACUCAGAUUCAAUGGUUGGGUUACAGAGUUGCAGGAUCUAGAAAAGUCAAGGCAGCUGAGGAAAGCUAUUGGAUUAGAUAACCUUCUCUAUACUCCCGAUGCUGAUUUUUCUUGCUUUGCAGACCUUGCACUUACAUCUCCUGAAGAUUAUUACAUUGAGGGACAAGGAUCGUUGCUCCAAUGUGUUCUGACGCCAGGAGAUCCAUACAUGCCCUUACCAAAUGAUGAAAUUAUUGCAAGGGUAGCAAAACAGGUUUUAGCACUGUUCCCAUCAUCUCAAGGUUUAGAAGUGACUUGGUCAUCUGUUGUUAAAAUUGGCCAAUCUCUCUACCGCGAGGGACCUGGUAAAGAUCCGUUUAGACCUGAUCAAAAGACACCAGUGAAGAAUUUCUUUCUUGCUGGCUCUUACACAAAGCAGGAUUAUAUAGACAGCAUGGAAGGUGCAACCUUGUCUGGCAGGCAAGCUUCGGCCUAUAUCUGCGAUGCCGGAGAAACAUUGGUGGCAUUGCGGAAGGAACUUGAAGCUGAGUUUAAAGACGACCUUAAAAUUGCAAAUACUAAAGAUGAAUUGAGUCUAGUAUGAGAGAAAUUUCAAGAUAAUUUGUCACGUUUGCAUGCAGUAAGCUUGUUGUUUAUGCAUGUAACAUUUUAUAUUGUAUAUUCAAUCGAAAAGUAAUUACAGAAUUGGUAGUCUCGCGGCAAGUAGUGUUGUUUAUAGUUGUGAAAUCUGGUCUCUAUAAAUUGCAAUUCCUAUCCCGACAUUCUUGACGCUGUAAUUGUUUCUCUUGGACUGAAAUUUAGCACUAAAAUAAUUUGAGUUAAUGCCCUCCAGUAACUGAUCACUGUACAAGAGAAUUCAUAUAUGUUGUAAGAAUACCUUU